UGGAGCAGUGCAGGCGGAGCCCCUCGGAAGCGAUGGACGUGAGCGGUCCCUUUAGCUGUCCUAUCUGCCUAGAGCCACUUCGGGAGCCCGUGACGCUGCCCUGCGGUCACAACUUCUGCCUUGCCUGCCUGGAAGCGCUCUGGCCGCACCGUGGACCCGGGGGACCCGGGGGAUCCAGUGCCACUGCCCGCUGUCCACUGUGCCAGGAGCCUUUCCCCGACGGGCUGCAGCUGCGCAAGAAUCACACGCUAUGCGAACUGCUGCAGCUGCGCCAGUCUGGCCCCAGCCAGACCCCAGCCUCUGCCCCCGCCCCAAAUCAAGCCCCGGCGUCGGAGCCCUCGGCGCCUUGCGCCCCAGAGCCGUGGCCGGAGGGCGAGGAGCCAGUGCGCUGUGACGCGUGCCCCGAGGGCGCGGCACUUCCUGCGGCUCGCUCCUGCCUCUCAUGCCUGGCUUCUUUCUGCACUGCCCACCUGAGGCCCCACGAGCGCAGCCCAGCCUUGCGCGGCCACCGCCUCGUACCUCCCUUGCGCCGGCUCGAGGAAAGCCUGUGUGCCCGACACCUGCGGCCCCUGGAGCGCUACUGCCGAACUGAGCGAGUUUGCGUGUGCGACGCCUGUGCGGCCCAGGAACAUCAAGGACAUGAGCUACUUUCCCUGGAGCAAGAGAGGGCUCUCCAAGAGGCUGAGAGCCCCGAGGUCCUGAGUGCUGCAGAGGACCGCUUGGAUGAGCUGGGUGCUAGUAUCGCACAGUCUAGACGUACGGUGGCCCUCAUAAAGAGUGCCGCACUGACAGAGCGGGAAAAGGUGAGCCAAUUGUUUAUAGAGGCAAUAGGUGCCCUCCAGGGCUUCCAGUCUGAAGUGAUGGGCUUCAUUGCUGAAGGGGAGGCUGCCAUGCUAAGUCGGGCCCAGGGGGAGCUUCGGCAGCAGGAGGAGCAGAGAGCCCGGCUGAGCUCCGCCCGACAGAACCUGAGUCAGGGCCCUGACAUCGACUCCAUUAGUUUUCUCCAGGAGCUUCUGGCAUUAAAGUUGGCACUGGAGGAAGGGGGUGGCUCUGGGUCAGGCCCCCCAAAAGAACUGAGUUUUACCAAGUCGUCCCAAGCUGUGAAAGCUGUUAGAGACCUCCUGACUUUGGCCUGUGCUAACCAGUGGGAGUUUCUACGGGGGAUGGAAAGGGAUACAGACAAUUCACAGAAACUGGGUUUGGAAGCUGAUGCAGAAUCUCAAGAUCCCGACAGCACCAAUGGUCUGGUGUGCGAAGAGUCAAGAGACUACUUUCUUAAGUUUGCCUUCAUUGUAGACCUGGACAGUGACACAGCAGAUAAGUUCCUGCAGCUGUUUGGGACAAAGGGCGUGAAGAGGGUGCUGUGCCCCAUCAGCUACCCCGAGUCUCCCAUGCGCUUCACCCACUGUGAACAGGUGCUGGGAGAGGGCAGCCUGGACCGAGGAACAUACUACUGGGAGGUGGAGAUCAUUGAGGGAUGGGUCAGCGUGGGCAUCAUGGCUGAGGACUUCUCUCCCCGAGAGCCCUACGAUCGAGGCCGGCUAGGCCGAAAUGCUUACUCUAGCUGCCUGCAGUGGAAUGGCCGAAACUUUUCUGUCUGGUUUUACGGGCUCGAGGCCCCCCUUCCUCACCCUUUCUGCCCCACUGUGGGGGUCUGCCUGGAAUAUGCUGACCGGGCCCUGGCUUUCUAUGCUGUGAAGGAUGGGAAAGUGAGCCUCUUGCAGAGGCUGCGGGCCUCUAAGCCCCGCCGAGAUUGCCCCUCCUAUUGAGUCAUUACCAUUGAGACUUGGUAGGGUGGAAGUAUCUGCUACCUAGAGUUUUCCAAGUUCCCAUGGUUUUUGCCCUUGAAGUAAUUUCCACAAAUAAAGCCACAUGGAGGAGCAAGAUAGAAACAGAGGCUGCCAUGUGUGACUGAUGAAGCAUCAACAUUGGGCCUUCCAAUACUCCAUUUAGAUCAUCCAACUGUGGACACACAAAGAACACAAGGAGAGGACAGUGGAGAAUGAGGCCAAGACAGGGACUGAAGCCAAAUAAUUGAGAGCAGAUCGAGACAAAAAAAACAGGCAUAUGGCCAAUGAGAUACUUAACCUAAGUGAAGAACACCACUUUUCUUCACUGCCAUCCCUGGAGAUUGGAAAGCUGUCUUCUAUUUACCUUUCUGACUACUUACUUCCUGUUUUCUAUCCAACCCAGUGACAGGAGAUAUGGCUGGGAAGAAAGAUAUCUUUUCCCAUUUGGUUGCACAAUGCAGUUGACAUUUGGAUAUUUUAUUUCUUUAGUUGUUUAUUUGUAUGAGGGUGAAACAGAUUGAGCAAACCAAUCAAGACACCCCACCCCAUUAAAAUAAGAUGCCUUAAUGAAGUGAAAACAAGUCUCAAUUAACCAAUCAAAUCAAAGACUUUAAAAGUAAAAAGUUCUUGGAUAAAUUGGAGUGGCAAAAGAAAUCUAGUCAUGUCCUCUGGGUCUUCUAUAGAAAAGAAGACCAGUUCAGAACCCAAGUUAAUUGAAUAUCUGCAGGAGAAGGACCUUGCAAGCUUCAGAAGUCUAAAUGCUUUUGAAAUUCACAUCUUCCCAUACACACCUAAACAUUGUGCCAGGACAGCAGCAGCUAGCAAAUAGCAUCUGCAGUGGGAGCCAAGGUCAGACUGGAUACAGAUUCGUCACCUGGCAAAGAGCCCAGUGAAGAAGCUACAUCAUGCCAAAAGUGAACUUUUUCAUCACCCCACAAAUGGGAGAAAAGGACUCCUAGCAACCAGGAGAUGAGUUACCUCUUUGCCACAUAUGAUCUCUAAGCCCGAGCUCAUUUCCCCCUGGAUUCUAUAGAUACUUGUAGAAGAGUGAGCCAUAUACUUUGGGGGAGUGUUUUGUAUCAACUAUACAAUUAGUAAAUACUCCUUUCUAAAAGCUGACUAGAUGACUGGCAUGAUUUUCAACUGAUAAUCAUGAUAAGAAGCACACGGUUGAGCCUUCUUGAGGUAUAUAUAGCAUUAGAAAGACAUCCUCAAUGCCCAUCAGUAGGGAAAUGGCUGAACAAGUUGUGAACUAUUGUGCUAUAAGAAAUAAUGAGCAAGCGGACUUCAGAGAAA